ACGUCACACAAAAUUAGCACAUUCGAAGCAAGAGUUAUGGAGCCUUGAAUCGAAGUCGGAUAGGAACAAUAUUUAACCGGCUUCUCACGUCGAUCUGGAUACGUUUCUAUAAGUUAUUGACGGUAGUUGGCCAUUCUGGAACAGCUGUCAUCGACACUUGUGUCAGUGACACUGUAGAUCUUAGCCUGGAAACGGACUUGAAGAAUUAUGAAUAUCCAACCGGACGAGUUUAAAAAUAUGAACGGCAUUGGUUUAUCAAACGGUAGUACGGACACUGCCGAAUUUCCCCAUGAAAACGGUAAUGACUUGGAGCACGAAGGAUACACACCAACGUACGAUGAAGCAUUUCCACAAUUGCCCGUUUCGAAAGCCCCAAUCAUCAGAAAACCUGGCCCAGCGAAAGCAACAAGCUAUGCUGGUUCCACGCAAGCAAUUCGAUCUACAACCAUUACACAGGUUUUUCGAAUACCCAUUGAAGAUGUCAAUUCCAAAUUGUUUGGUGAUUUUGGAGAUAUGCGUCAGAGUAUGUGCCGCGAUGUGUCGGCCAAGACUGGAGCAUCUAUUGAAAUGAGCAAUGCCAAGGACAAAAGUUUAAACAUCCUUGCAACAGGCAAACCUACACAAGUUAUUAUGGCAAAGCGAGAAAUUUUGAAAAAAUUACAAACUCAGGUGAAAUGUGAAAUACCAAUUCCCAACGAGCAUCACAAAUUUAUACUUGGUAAAGGUGGCAACAUUCUCAAACAACUUGAGUCAGAAACUGGUACAAAAAUCAACAUCCCAAGGAAUGAUGAUGUUGUGAUUAUCACUGGCAUCAAAGAAGAUGUGGAACGAGCUUGUCACGAAAUUCAAUCUAUAUCCGAUAGAAAAGCAAAGGAAGGCUUUGAACGUUUGGAGAUUCCUAGAAUUUUCCAUCCGUUUAUACAAGGAGCUAAUCAGGAGACAGUCAAGAAAAUUGCUGCAGAUACUGCUACAAAAAUCAAUAUUCCUCCUACUUCAGUACAAAAGGAUGAGAUUACUAUUUCUGGUGACAAGGAAGGAGUUGCUUUGGCCAAAGAAAAGAUACUAAAAAUUUAUAAAGAAAAGGAGCGCCGUGUGACACAUGUUUCUAUUGAAGUGAAGAAAUCCCAACAUAAAUAUGUUAUUGGAGCAAAAGGACAAGUUUUGCAGGAUAUACUUGCUGCUACAGGUGUUUCAGUUGAAAUGCCUCCUUUGGACUCAGAUGCUGAAACAAUAACAUUACGUGGUGAACCUGACAAGCUUGGCACGGCCUUGACUCAAGUGUAUGAGAAAGCUAACAGUGUAUCAGUAGCAGAGGUUGAAGCACCUCGAUGGCUACAUCGUUUCAUGAUAGGUCGUAGUGGUGAAAACAUAAAGAAAAUUACUCAAGAUUUAGACAAGUUGCACAUUGAGUUUGUUGAUGACAAAGACAAAAUCUCGUUGGAAGGACCACCACAACAGGUGGAAAAAGCAAGAGAAGCGUUGGAGACGUUUGCCCGUGAAUUGAGAGCAACCAUGGAUUUUGCUGAAGUUGAAGUUGACUACAAAUUCCAUUCUCAUAUAAUUGGCAAAAACGGUGCAAAUGUUAAUCGCAUCAAGGAAGAGAAAACAGCCAUAAUAAUACCCAACGACAGUGAAAAGAAGAGUUUGAUCAGAAUUGAAGGUUCACCUCAAGGUGUUGCAAACGCAAAAGCUGAAAUUUUGGAAAUGGCAAAAAUUGGUGAGCAAAAUUUGAAAUUCUUUAUCAUAGCCAUAGAAAAUGAACGAUCACGUGACAUCAUCAUUGAAAACAAGUACCAUCGUUCCAUCAUCGGUCCGAAAGGUGAUGGCAUGCAAGAUAUACGAAGAAAAUACCCGGAAGUGCGUAUUUCGUUCCCGGAUGCUACGAUUAGGAGUGACGUAGUGAAUAUCCGGGGACCUAAGGAUCAGGUGGACAAAGUGUACGCGCAACUAAAGAAACAGAACUCGGAGUUGGUUGCAUCAAACUACAACAUUGAAGUGCCUAUAUUUAAGAAGUUUCAUCGAAAUAUCAUUGGACGCGGUGGUGCAACCAUCAAGAAGAUUCGUGACGAGACUGGAACACGUAUUGACUUACCUGACGGUGAAAGUGAUAGUAACAUCAUAAAAAUUACUGGACACAAAGCUCAAUGCGAAGAGGCUCGCGGAAGAAUACUCGCUAUUCAAAAUGACCUUGAAAACAUCAUUGAAGAGAAAUUGACCAUUCCACAUAAACUGCAUAAUGCAAUUAUCGGUGCUAAAGGUCGUCUUAUACGAUCCAUAAUGGAGGAGUGUGGUGGAGUUAACAUUAAAUUUCCACCUGGAGGAUCAAACAGUGAUAUAGUUGUUUUACGUGGUCCUAAAGAAGAUGUCGAAAAAGCCAAAAAUGAAUUGUUGCAACAGGCGAAAGAAAAGGAGUUGAACAGCUUUACUGACCAAGUUAAUGCAAAAAGUGACUAUCAUCGUUUCUUGAUUGGACGGGGAGGUGUCAACAUAAGAAAAGUGCGUGAUAACACUGGUGCCCGUAUCAUCUUUCCAUCCAAAGAUGACGAGGAUCAAGAAACCAUUCACAUCAUGGGAACGGAAGAGGCUGUGCGUGCUGCAAAACAAGACUUAGAAAAAUCAAUCAAGGAUUUGGACAAUAUCGUCGAAGAUGAGAUUCAUGUGGAAGAAAAACAUCACCGCCAUUUUGUGUCACGACAAGGCAAAGUGCUAAACGAAAUCAUCAAAGAUUUUGGUGGCGUAACAAUCAGUUUUCCUCGCUAUAACAGUGGCUCUGAUCGUGUCGUUCUUAAGGGCGCCAGUAACUGUGUACAAGGAGCUAAGGAAAGGAUUUUGGAGAUUGUCAAUGAACUUGAUUCAAAUACCACAAUAGAGGUUGUAAUACCUCAAAAACAUCAUCGUUCAUUGAUGGGUGCUAAAGGCGCUACAGUGCAAGGAGUUCAAAAUCGUUUUAAUGUGUAUGUGAAAUUUCCUGAACGUGCUGCAACGAACGGUACGGAAAAUGGCGAUCAUUCUCCAAUGAACGGGGAAGGUACGACAUCACCACCCGAAGAUAUGGAGACCGUCAAGAAGUGUGAUAUUAUCCAAAUCACUGGUAACAUUGAACAGGUCGAGAAGGCAAAGGAAGCUUUACGUGAAUUAAUUCCUAUCACCGAGACGAUUCAAAUUCCAUUUGAUUAUCAUCGUUACAUCAUUGGGGCGAAAGGAACAAGCAUUCGUUCAAUGAUGAACGAAUAUGAUGUGAACAUAAUCAUUCCUCCUGCACGUGACGAAUGUGAUGACGUUGAGAUUUUUGGUCCUCGUGAGAAUGUUGCGCAAGCCAUCAAUGCCUUGAACAAACGUGUUGACGAAAUCGAGGCUGAAAAUGAAGACAAGGUACUUCGUAAUUUCCAACUGGAAGUGUUUGUCGAUCCGAAAUACCACCCAAAAAUUAUCGGACGAAAAGGAGUGAUCAUUGACAGAAUUCGCAAAGAACACGAUGUUAUGAUUCAAGUUCCCUCGACAAAGUCUGGUGAAGAUGGAGGCUCUGAUGUCAUCACUUUGACAGGUUACGAAAACAACUGCCUGGCUGCUAAAGAUGAAAUUGAGAGUAUGGUAAAAGAACUGGAAGAUCAAACGGUGUUUGAAGUGGACAUUGACCCCAGAGUUCAUCGUCGUCUUAUUGGAGCACGUGGGGCCACCAUCCGUAGGAUUAUGGAGCAAUUCAAAGUAGACAUCCGUUUUCCUCGCUCAAAUGAUCCCAAUGGUCCUGUUGUGAUCAGUGGUACCCCUGAAAACGUGGAGGAUGCGAGAGAUCAUUUACUUAUGCUCGAAGAAGAAUAUCUUGACGAGGUUCGUGUUGAACAAGAGGAGAAAGAUUUGGUUAAUCAUUAUAUGAAUCCACCAAGCAAGAAUAAUGAAAGCCAUGGUAAAUCAUACAGACCAACUGAAUUUGUGGUCCGUGAUGCUCCUUGGAGCAGGCCAUCUCCCCCACUCUCUCCCAAACCUCCACCAGCCGUACUCAAUAUGGCGGACACGGAAGAUUUUCCUGCCAUUGGAAGCAGCAGCAAACCUUUCUCAUCCGCUGUGUCCUGGGGACCACUUCGUCAUUGAGAUUUAUUUUCCUACGUGAACUAUAGAAUGUGUUUAUCUGUUACUGUUGUCAUGAAAUAGUCCUAUUCACUUAUCAAGUAAUGCUUUGGACGCACUGCAUUGAGAUUAGUUUUUGGGUAUUUUGCGUUGUGUCUAAAUUUUGUGAAGCUAAUUAUUGAAAUUUCAACAUGCAAUGUGAAAAUGAAAUAAAAUUUUAACAAUAUCAA